AUGGGAAACUGUUGCAGCACGGAAAAUAAUGUUAUUCAGCCAGACAAUCAUUCUUUAGCGUCGUCGACGAGCUACUACGACGAACAAGAAGCCCCGAUUAAGAUUUUCGCCGAUGAAAGUCAACGACGACCCUCAAAUGCUUCUCAAAUCACGCACUUUUCCGACGACAUUCUUAAAAAACCCGCCGUCAAGCUUCCUGAAACGGUCGACAUUGUCGAGGAAGACGGAGAUUCGGCAGAUGGCGAUUCGGCUUUUGAGGAGGAGCCUUCUGAGCUGCGAGAUGCUCAGCCUUCGGUGGGGCCUAUGCCUGCAGACAGAAGACAUUCCACAGCUACACAGGAAGCAAUUUUCAUUUAUCAGUCAGCUUCGAGAGCGGCGGACAGAAUACACCAGGAGAAUUUCAGGAUGAAAUCGCUCGAAAACGUACCGCGAAAGCCGAAAAGUCGAAAGUCCUGGAUCGCGCUGCCCACGUCGCACAAGAUCCCAUCUGCCGAGGUUCUAGAGGAAUCUUCCAAACACCAGGAUCUGCAUCAUAAAGAUCUCCACAUCGUAGAAAAUAUCAUCGAAGAAGAAGAUUACUACCGAAAGACAAUGAACCGAGGGCGGCCGAGCAUAAGCAUCCAGCCACAACCGGAGUCGGCCUUUCUCGCCGAGCUGCGAAGAAAACAGAACGAGCCGCAAGUCCGCAUCGCCGAGGAGAACAGCCGCGAGAGCAGUAGGAGCGGGGCCAGCUAUAAUAGCAAAGGCAGCUUUAUUCCGGAGAAAGAAGAGACUAAAGUUAAAUUCGAAGAAGACAGUAAACCCAGUACAGAAAGUACUGAUGAUACUAUUGAAAAGGUCCCAGUUAGUCCUCUUCACGAAGUCGACUGA